AUGACCGGACCUAGAGUUGCAUGGAUAGGCCUCGGCAACAUCGGCCGUGGCAUGAGCCAAAAUAUCGCCCAAAAAGGGCCCCAGACAGGUCCCUUACUCCUAUUCAAUCGUACAACCGCACGAGCAAUAGUCCACGCUUCGAAGCUUAUAAACGCCCAAGCCGUAACAACCCUCACCGAAGCGGUAACUCAAUCCGACCUAAUUUUCACCUGCGUCGGCGAUGAUGCCGCCCUCAACUCAAUAGUCACCGCAAUCAUAUCGGACCCUACCAUCCCGCAAGACUUGUCUAGCAAGACCUUUAUCGACUGCUCGACCGUGCAUCCGGAUACGUCCCGACGAACCGAAGCAGCCUUCAACCAGCGGGGGGCAGACUUCGUCGCAUGUCCCGUCUUCGGGGCACCGAACAUGGCAGACGCUGGACAACUUAUCGUCGUUCCGGCCGGAAAGCGUGCAGCAAUCGAGAAAGUACGACCGUUCUUCGACGGUGUCGUGUCCAAGAAGACGAUCGACCUCUCAGCCGGAAGUGAAGGUGAUGUAGAUGUUGGACGGGCGUCCACACUGAAAGUACUGGGCAACACUUUCAUUCUUAAUACUGUUGGUGUUCUUGCCGAGGCACUUGUUGCCGCUGAGGCGUCUGGACUUGGGGUUGAGCCGUUGCAAAAAUGGCUGGGGCUUUUCGCACCAGGGCCGUUUGCUAAUUAUGCGGAAAGGAUGGUCGGUGGGGAUUAUUGUACCCGAGAGGAGCCGCUUUUUGCAGUUGAUCUUGCUAGGAAGGAUCUGGGACAUGCGUAUAAGAUUGCGAAAGAGGGAGGACUGCGGAUGAGAAAUGUCGAGGUUAUGGAUGGACUUCUGGAGGGGGUCAAGGAGGUCAAGGGGGUCAAGGGAGACGUUGCUGCUGUUUAUGGGGCGGUUAGAAAGGGAGCUGGGAUGGAGUUUGGGAAUCAGUAA